CGGCUCGUGCCUAGGUGUGCAGGUGUGCGCACACCACAUAGAUUAAUAUAGAUAUAAUAGUGAAAAUGUAUAAUAGUAAUGUAUACUAAUUAAUUAUUUUUAAUACAAUAUCUGUUAAACUGUAGGUACCUAUUUAUUAUAUAAAAAAAAAUUAGUUUUAAAAAUAAAAACAACAAUUUAUUAUUAUUAUACUCCUUAAAUUUUAAUCGAGUUAUGAAACAAAUACACAUCAAUUGGUGUGCAGCUCAGCCUGAACACCGCCAGUCCGUGUAAAAUACGUUUGGCUAUUGAGUGGGGGGUCGGCAAUUAUAUGUGACUUUGGUGUGCAGCUCCUACUGCACACUCGUCGAACGGUCGCACGCGAAUACGCAAUAAUUGAUAAAUACGGAACCUACACACACACGGUAAAAGAUUUCAAAGCAACGCAUCCAGUGCCGCAUUAACUUUGAUUUGUAAACUCCACCGUUUUUCUAUUUUUAAUAUUUUUUAUCAUUACUAUUGUCCCGAUUUAUAUAUUAUUUCAUUUUACCAAAUAAAAUUAUGUUAGUUGUCAGUUAUUGUUUGCCAGUGACACUGAUUAAAUUGUGUACUAGUUUUCUUUUGCUUUACCCAGCCUAUUAUUAUAUUUUUAUUAUAUUUUAAUCAUGAAUUCGGUUGAACAUCUUUUGGAAAAAAAAUUUUCUUUACAUACUCUAGAUGAAAAAAUUAAUAUAAAAACAUUAGGAAGGCCUAUGCCUGAUUUAAAAUUAACACAAGUUAUUAAAAAAAAAAACACGCCAAUUUACUCGUACAUUUACAAAUGACACUUAUACAAAAUAUAAUAAUUGGCUAAGCGGUUGUGAUAAAAGAAAUGCAGUUUUUUGUUUUCCGUGUUUAUUAUUUGGUGGAGAAUUAGUAUGGACCAAAACAGGAAUGACCGAUUUAAAUCAUUUAAAUGAUCGAAUGAAAAAACAUGAUUUAACUGUUAAACAUAUGAAUAACACCUUAAAUUUGGCUACAUUGGGUAAAACAAAUGUUCUUUCAAUGUUAGAUAGCGGUUAUGGAAGAGGCAUUGAGUUACAUAAUGAGAAGGUUUCCAACAACCGAUAUAUUUUAAACAUCUUAAUUAAUUGCGUUCGAUUUUGUGGUGCUUUCGAAUUAGCAUUGAGGGGACACGAUGAAAAAGAUACAUCUUUGAAUCCGGGAAUUUAUCGUGGUUUAAUAAGCUUUAGUGCAGAAUUAGAUAACGCAUUGAAAGUUCAUUUAGAAAAAGCAACGGUAUUUAAAGGUACGUCAAAAACUAUACAAAAUGAAUUAUUAAAGUGUAUGUUGAAUAUUUGUCAGCAAGAAAUAUCUAUAGAAAUAAAAAAAGCUGAUUAUUUGUCAAUAACAGCCGAUGAGACUACUGAUGUUAGUGCUAUUUUUCAAAUGGUUAUUGUGUAUCGGUACAUUGUUAAGGAUAAAGUUGUAGAGAGGUUUUGGGAAUUUUUAAAGCCUAAAGCACAUAAUGCUGAAGUAUUAGCUGAAUGCAUUAAAGAACAACUUGACCAACAUAUAGGCAAUGAAACUAAUAAAUUAAUUGCUCAGACAUAUGACGGCGCUUCCGUCAUGAGUGGAAAUAUUAAUGGAGUUCAGGCUAAAAUUAAAUUGCAUUAUUCAAAUGCUAAUUAUGUACACUGUUACGCACAUCAACUUAAUUUAGUUAUGGCUAACGCUGCUUCAAUAAAUAGGAAUGUUCGAAUAUUUUUUGCUAGCCUAGGAGGUUUUUGUUCAUUUUUUUCGACAUCUUCUCAAAGAACUGCUAUAUUGGAUGAAGUAGUUAAAAAGCGUUUACCUAGAGCAGCCCCUACAAGGUGGAAUUUUCAUUCUAGAACCGUUAAUACAGUAUUUGAAUAA